AUGGUCAAAGGAGAGCUCGUCACCCUCGGCGCGGCUGCCACCGCUCUCGGAGGCGCCUACAAGCUCGCCGAGUUCCUCACAAAGGCCAAGCGUGUGCGUGAUGUCGGUCCAUCCAACGCCGUCUAUGUGCGCAUCAUCGGUCGCGUUCGCUCUGAUCUCGAAGAGGUGCGCCGUCUGCUCUCGGUCCGCGAAAUCCACGACAUCCUCGAGGCCAACCACGAAAAGUCCAAAUGGGUCUACGGCUGCAUGCGCGAUGUGCGCGGCGCCCUCGAGAACAUUGCGCCCCAUACUGAACGCGUCGCUGGCGACAUUGAGGAUGGCCGCCGCGUCGGCAUGAGGCACCGUGUCUACUGGCUGCUCAGCGAGAAGGAAAAGCUCGAGAACAGAGAAAAGGAACUCGCAAUCGCUCACAACAGUCUGCGCGAGGUUCUCGGCUACUUGACCACUCUCGAACCCAUUGAGGAGCCCCACAAGCCCAAGAAGGAGAAGAAGGACAAGGAAAAGAAGGAAGAGACGCACAUCGACAUUGAGAUUCAUCAAGAGGCUCCUCCUCCUCCACCUCCUGCUCCCGCUCAUGCUCCCGCCCCUGCUCAUGCCCACCACACUACCCACACGACGCAUAUUGACCGGGACAUCUACAUUGAGCAGAAUGCUGGUGCUCCCAGGCGCGUUGAGGAACACCGCGAUGUUUGGGUUGAGCGCGACCACCAGCCGCCCGCCCACUACCAGGAACACCGCGAGGUCUAUGUCGAUGAACGCGAGCGUGGUCCCCACCACUACGAUGACCGCGGCCGUCCUCCUCCACCUCCUCCACCUCCUCACCACCACCACGAUGCCCACUGGGAACACCACGGUCGCGAGCCCCGCUACGAGUCCCACUAUGACGAGCGCUUCGAGCAGCAGGACCACUACCGCUCCCAGUAUCCAAUUGAGACUCGCGAGACGUACCAGCAGAACCGCCUGUACCCAGAGCCCCUCGGCCGUCCCGCCGAGGCCUUUGAGGAGCGUCUUCCCGAGCGCGAAACUUGGCACCAAAGCAGCGCCCGCAACCAACGCCCAGGUCAGUACGGCCCUUAUGGAGCACAGUAUGCCGAAUACGGUGCCCCUCAGCCUAUUGGCGCAGCCCACUACGCCCGUAGGUUCAAAGGAGAUCCAGGCUUUGGCGACGAAGAAAUACUAAAUCCGCAACCAGUGCCGUUGGAGAGGAAGUACGCCGAACGCGAGAUGUGGAUUGAACAAAAGGAGGAUUACCGCUUCGAUCAGUAUGGGAACCGCUUGCCGGAUAGGCUGUUCCAGCCACCUGUUCCUCGACCCUAUCGCAGCCGCAUGUGA